UGGCGAAACAACGCCGAAGGACGAAAGCGAGGAAAAGUCGCUGGUGGAAGAAGAAAAGACGAAGGAAGAAUCACAACCGCCCUUAGGUCCACCACCACCGAAAACGCAAACGGGGACCAGACGUUCAAGUCAAGCUGGCAUUCGUCAAGCCUAAGGGAGAUGAGGCCUACUACAUUGCGAUGGUGCGAAUAAGGACGAUCCCCUUGUUGUUGCUGUUUGGUAACAUACUGGUCCUGAUAAUAUUUCUCGUCAUGUCUUACUUGGACCUCUUCGUGUACUUCUAUGUCGGCCCCGUUGUUCCACCUGUCAUCGUCACUCCCACCACCACCAAGAAAGGGCUAGGACAUGUCUGCCGCACCAUUCGGUGUGGAAUAGGUGGAACGACAUUAUUCUACGCUAUAAAUCACAACGUGGAGCCAUGCGACAGCAUGUUCCAGUACGUUUGUGAACGUUGGAUUCACGAGCCUAGUGAGAAGUACCGGAAGGUCGUACUCGGUGCAGAUAAGCACGUCACCGAUGACAUGUACUCCGAAAUGCGGCGACUUGUGGAGAGCUAUUACCCGUACGCCCAGUCGGGAUACGCUCUGGGCAAGCUGGCCAUGCUCUUCAAGGGUUGCGAAGACUUCCGCGAAAGAGACCGAAACGGAGUGGGCCCGUUGAACAAACUGCGGCAGAAGUACGCUUUGAGUGACUGGCCGUACGAGGGUCGUUUCAGUGGUAAGCCGGAAGAGCUCAUGGCAGAGUACAUUCGCGAUACCGGAUCUGGGGUCUUCGUAUCAGUACGCAUGAUUCCGGACCCCGAUGAUCCCCAAUUACACGCCAGAAAGUUGAUAGCACUUGAAUGCUCCACGUUUGUCCUGCCGACGGACAUGCUACUGACGUACAGAACCACACAGAAGGAAGUUAUUAAGGCCUACAAGGUCUACAUUUCAAGCAUCGUUGAGGACUUUGAGCACGGACCUUCUGAAAAAAUGGUGAGCAAUAUUUUUGCCUUCGAGGUGAACUUGGCUCAUCGGUGCGACGUUCAGUGCCGCAGGAAGCGACUGAAAAAGAUUAAGGUCAGCGAAAUAGGUCAAUACACCGACAAAGACAGCGGUAUAAAUUGGGUCAAGGUGUUGAAGACAAUCAUGACUGGUGUCACUUACGAAAUAACCGCAGAUACCAUGAUACUUGUGCGUUCCGUAUCUUACUUCAAGAAGUUGGGCCUGCUCUUUCGAGACGGCACGACCAAAACUCGAGCCAUGAACUACCUUGGCUGGCGCUUCAUGCAGAAAUUUGCGCGCCACACGACUUUUAAGUACAGAAAUAGUUACAAGACGUUCCAAGAGACCGGUGUUGGGCCAGCCGCCUAUGGAGGAUGGAUGCGAUGCCUCGUGGACGCAGCUGAGGCAAUGCCGCUGGCCAUCGGUCGAGUGUAUGCCGAGCUGAUGGGCUACGAGGCCGCAGAUUACAGGGCUGUUGGGAUGAUGGCAACAUUGCAAGAGGGCCUGCGACACAUGCUCACUGAGUUCAAGUGGGUGCAAGGCGAAUCGAAGGAAAAAGUAUUCGCAAUAUUGUCCAAGUCUAGCAUGACAGUGGGAUACCCUGCCUGGCUGAUGAACGACACCACACUUAACGCGUACUACGAGACGGUUCCAUCUAGCGGCCCUUACGUGGAAGCCGUCGCCAAGGCCAUGGGGGCGAGUCACACGAACCAGCUGAAAAGUUCAGCCACCACCACCGAGGUUUUCGGCAAAAUGUCCAACUUCAUAUUCCCGUCGAGACUCGUAGAACUUCACCAGAAGUCCGGGCCGCCCCGCGAGAGUCUGCUGUACGACAUCCGAAGCAACCAUUUCGUGGUCCCCUCUGGGGUCAUGAACCCGCCGUACUACGUGAGUGAGAGCACGUGGUCUAUGAACUUCGGUGGCCUCGGGAUGCUGGUCGCCAAGGACCUGGUGAACGAGUUCUUCCACGCUGUCGACGCCGGCUGGAUGGGCGAGGCCGAGCACAUUGAAUUCAAGAAGAGCGCCGACUGCGUGCUCACCGCCAUCGGCAAGAGCAGCCGCACCGGUUCGGCCGACGAAGCCGUCAUGAAGUGCGGAGGUCUCGUGAGCGACUUGCUCGCGCUGCGGCUGUCGUACACGGCUUACCACGCCUACGCGGACCCUCGAGACGAGACCACGCUGCCCGGUCUUGAGGACAAGAGUCCCGACCAAGUGUUUUUCGUGUCCGCCUUUCGGACGUUGUGCACGCAGCUGCGAGAACGCUACUACGUGCCCAUUGUGCGCGGAAAGCAGAAAGUGCCCGAGCUCGCGUACCUGGACGCUCUGAUGCGAAGCAUGAACGAGUUCACCGACGCGUUCAACUGUCCGGAUGGCAAGUACCGUCAAAACGUAGUCAGGGAGUGCCUCACGGGCGAUAAAUCAGAUUCCGCGAGCGGGAGACUGAAGUCUCGCAAGCGCGCACUGUGGAACCCACCAAACGCUUCUAUGACGUCAGUGCAAACGCCCACGGACACGACGCCGUGGAGGACAGUGUACAAACGUCGUUACAACCGAACAGUCUUUAAGCGGCCGUUGGACAGAACUGGUGACGCUGCGCUUGUUAGAAACAAGUUUUAGAUGUUAUUGACUGAAUG